CUCCGAGGAGCCGCCGCGACGCCCGGCCCGCGGGGCAGGUGAAGCAAUUAUAAAUCUUCUACUGAAUGAAAAAAUUUUUCUUAAAGUUGCAUAUACUACAAGAAAAAACCCCAAAUGUUUUUAUAUUUUGCCUGAAUACAAAAUUUAAACAAGAAGUUUCCACAAAAGGCCAAAUAGAAUUCCAGUAGUGUGUGGGUGAAAGUUUGACCACUAGCUCUUUUUGAGAGUAAGAAAGCGUCCUGGUUUGUUGCAUUUGUGAAUUUCCAGUGCAGACACUUGCUUCCUGUUCAGCUUAAGCUACCAGUGUGAUGCCACUGAAGGAUCUUUGAGGAUAACAUGUGCAGGCCACUGUUCUAGGCUCUUUAAGUGGGUAACUCAGUCCUCACAGAAGCUCUACAAGACAGAUGCUCACUGUUACCAGUUUACAGAUCUGUGGCCGUCACCAUGUUCUGGAAGUUUGACUUGAACACCACGUCCCAUGUCGACAAGCUGCUGGAUAAGGAGGACGUGACGCUGCGGGAAUUAAUGGACGAAGAUGACAUCUUGCAGGAGUGCAAGGCUCAGAACCGGAAGCUGCUGGACUUCCUCUGUCGGCCACAGUGUAUGGAGGAGCUGGUGAGCCUCAUCACACAGGACCCACCCCUGGACAUGGAAGAGAAGGUCCGCUUCAAGUACCCGAACACAGCCUGUGAGCUGCUGACGUGCGAUGUGCCGCAGAUCAAUGACAGACUGGGUGGGGAUGAGACUCUGCUGAACCUCCUCUAUGACUUCCUGGACCACGAGCCGCCUCUCAAUCCUCUGCUUGCCAGUUUUUUCAGCAAGACCAUUGGCAAUCUCAUUGCAAGAAAGACGGAACAGGUGAUUGUGUUCCUGAAGAAGAAAGACAAGUUCAUCAGCCUGGUCCUGAAGCACAUCGGCACCUCAGCCCUCAUGGACCUGCUGCUUCGCCUAGUCAGCUGUGUGGAGCCAGCCGGGCUCCGGCAGGAAGUCCUGAGGUGGCUUAAUGAAGAGAGGAUCAUUCAGAGACUCGUGGAAUUGAUCCACCCGAGUGAGGACGAAGAUAGGCAGUCCAAUGCUUCUCAGACUCUCUGUGACAUCAUCCGGCUGGGCAGAGAGCAGGGUAGCCAGAUGCCAGAGGCUGUGGAGCCGGACCCGCUUCUCACAGUGCUGGAAUCGCAGGACUGUGUGGAGCAGCUUCUGAAGAACAUGUUUGAUGGCGACCAGACUGAGAGCUGCCUCGUCAGUGGGACUCAGGUGUUGCUGACCUUGCUGGAAGCGAGGCGGGCUGGGACAGAGGGCUUGGUGGACUCCUUUUCUCAGGGACUGGAGAGGCUGUGCACUGUCAGCGGCAGCGUCCUGCACGGCAUUGAGCCUCGGCUGAAGGACUUCCACCAACUCCUGCUCCACCCACCAAAGAAAAAAGCGAUCCUGACCACCAUCGGCGUGCUGGAGGAGCCCCUAGGGAAUGCCCGUCUUCAUGGCGCCCGCCUCAUGGCCGCUCUGCUGCACACGAACACACCCAGCAUUAACCAGGAACUCUGCCGGCUCAACACCAUGGGCUUACUGCUGGACCUGUUUUUCAAGUACACCUGGAAUAACUUCUUGCACUUCCAAGUGGAACUAUGCAUAGCCGCGAUUCUCUCCCACGCAGCCCGGGAGGACAGGGCCGAAGCCAGUGGUGGGCCUGAGAGUGGGGUGGAGCCUCCGCCUGGAAACAGGGACUCCGAGACCCCCCAGCCUGCUGCCAGCCCCCCUGAGAACACCAUGGUGGCCCAUCUGUUCCAGAGGUGCUGCCUGGUCCAGAGGAUCCUGGAGGCCUGGGAAGCCAACGACCUCGCACAGGCAGCAGGUGGCAUGAGACGUGGGAACAUGGGCCACCUCACCCGUAUCGCCAAUGCCGUGGUGCGGAACCUGGAGAGGGGCCCCGUGCAGACCCCCAUCAGCGAGGUCAUCCGAGGGCUCCCUGCAGAUUGCCGUGGGCGCUGGGAGAGCUUCGUGGAGGAGACGCUGACGGAGACCAACCGCAGGAAUGCCGUGGACCUGGUGAGCACUCACCACCUUCAUCCCUCGAGUGAGGAUGAGGACAUGGAGGGCGUGUUCCCUAACGAGCUGUCCCUUCAGCAGGCCUUCUCCGAGUACCAGGUUCAGCAGAUGACGGCCACCUUCGUGGAUCAGUUUGGCUUCAAUGAUGAGGAGUUUGCAGACCAGGACGACAGUGUCAAUGCUCCAUUCGACAGGAUCGCAGAGAUAAACUUCAACAUCGAUGCUGACGAGGACAGUCCCAGCGCGGCUCUGUUUGAGGCCUGCUGCGGUGACCACAUCCAGCCCUUUGAUGACGACGAGGACGAUGACAUCUGGGAGGACAGGGAGACUCGCUGUGCUGCCCGGGUGACGGCCAGAGCCAGAUUUGGAGGCCCUCCGGCCUCAGAGAGCUGCUCAGAGAACGGCCUGGUGUGUGGAGGCCAGGAUGGGAAGGAAACCGACAGGGAUGCAGCUCGGGCAGGAGCUCCUCAAGCCGCUUCUCCGAAGGACAGUCCCCGCGUGGAAGGUGGCUCAGAAGGUGCCACAUGGACAGUGUUUGAUGAGCCAGUGAACUCGACUGCUCCAGCCCCAGGAGUGGCAGUGGACGUGGGUUCCAGUGUGUGGGCGGCCAGUGCGCCCAGCACCUCGGCUCUGGAGGAGAAGGGCUGGGCCAAGUUCAGUGACUUCCAGCCUUUCUGCUGCUCUGAGUCGGGGCCCAGGUGCAGCUCCCCCGGGGACAUAGGACGUGGCGACACCCAGGGCAGCCUGAGUCAGGACCCGGAGAGGACCCUUGGCCCUGCCUCGUGUGCCUGGAAUGUGUGCGUCUCCAGGGACGCCCCUCUGGUGGCCUCCGACAGUGAUGAGGACAGGCAGAAAGUGGCUGUUGCCUUAGAGACUGUCAGUGUGGGUCCCGGCCGGGAGGCCCCCCAACUGCCGACAUCGGUCCCCAGGGCCACCAGCACGCUGCCAGGUCCCACCUCCCCUGCACUUGCAGAAGCCACCUCUACCCUGGCUGGCUCUGUGCCCCGAGAGGCAGCCACCCCAGCACUGAGCAAGGCCUCUCCUGUGCUGGCCGUCACCACAGUAGCCACAGCCAGCCCAGCCAUCUCCACAGUGGCCGUUCUGGGGACAGUGACAAAGGACAGGAAGACAGAUACACCACCACCUGCAGGAGCCCCAUCCAAUGGCCCCGUGUGAUGCUGCCGCCCAGCCAUGGCGCGCCCUUAAUCGAAAAACUACCUGGUGAUGCAAUUUGUCUUUUUAAUUUAAUUUAAUUUUAAAAUAAAUGCUGCAUUGGUAAAGCUGGC